AACCACCUGUUUCACCGAAAAUCCUCAUCAGACCUCUAUCAAAAGCGCAGACGUCUCCCCUCAAUCUACAGACCCCGAAACCACCCAAAAUGCCACCUCACCCCCUCGAAUUGCCCCCAACCCUCUCCCCAGACGCCCUCGACACCCUCACCGAACUAACAGGCAUCCUCACCCGCCUCCGAACCGCGAUCCAAACCUCGGGCUCCUCUUCCGUCGUCGGCGGCCUCACCACAGGCGCAACCCCAGCCGGCACCGGCCCCGGCGCGACCCCCAACCCCCUUGGUUCCGCCGCCAGCCCCAAUGCGCCGCUUUCCCUGAAGGACGUCCCCGCGCAGACCGAUGCCCUGAAGCAUAAGCUGCAGCGCGCCCGUACGCAGAUGCGCACGCUCCCGGAUAUGGAGCGCACUGUCGACGAGCAGGAGGAGGAGAUUAAAGAGCUUGAGGAGAGGAUACGAAUGCAGCGCGAGGUGCUGGAUCGGUUACGGGAUGCGGGGGUCAAGUUUGGGCAUGACGAGGGGGGACGGGGGGAUAAGAUGGAGACGGAGUGAUGGGAGGAUGAAAUCAGGGGCGUUUACGAGAAGUUGCACGAAAAGUAAUUUUUGCCAGAUUGAACUUAUUAUGAUACCCGAAAUGCGAAUCACCAACGACGAGUUUUGCACCGAAGAAAAAAAGGGACGCUAUU